UUCUUUAAAUAUGUUAGAGGAGUCGCUUUCUCGCAAACAAACCAGUGACUGCCAAUCUUGUGUAAUCGCCCAUAUAGAUUCUUGCGUUUCUGAAACUACUACCAAUGGAACUAGGAUAGAUGUGAUGAUGACACGAAAUACUCACCUUUUCUCAUAUGAAAUCGAAUCCAUGUUUCCCUCUUGGCUAUUGGAAAUAAUGAAUACUAUUAUUUAUGUGGUGAAUAUAAGUCAACAAAAUUCAUCAUCGCGUGUAGACAUCGAUCCAAAAAUAAGUGUGGUAGAACAAGAAGAUGAUAGUGAUGUAGAACAAGAAUUAUAUGAAAUAGAUGAUGAAGUCGAGCU